GCCGGCGGAGGGAGGGGAGGAGGCGGGGCUCGUUUCCCAUGGCAACGCUCCUCGGGGUCUGUGCUGUCAGUGCCCGCGUGGCGGGCGUUGCUAGGUAACGCGCGCGGCUGAAAGGCCUACGUUGCCCUGAGGCCGCGCUUGGCGUUCACUAGACCUGUAGCCGGGGCAGGGGCAAGAUCGGAGUGGGCGCUGCUCAGCCCUCUCGCCCGAGUGCAAAGCAAGAACCUUCCCGCGACGCGAGGUACCGGGCGGGGAGGGAGGCAGGCGGAGCCCGAGGCCAGCUGGCAGGCGGGAGGGCGGAGCGCGGCCGGGUCUCUUUCCCCAGGGAAAUCCUGGCCCGGCCCGGCCGGGACCUUGGAAGGAGCUCGUUUUCAGUGCUCAAGGCAGCUGCCCGGUGUCUGUUUUCUGGGGGAUAAAACCCUGCGGGUCUCAGUGGGGCUUCUGAGCAAAGUAAGGGGAGCUGCACUUGCGGCGCGCCUAGGCUGGAUGAUAUUAUUAUUGUUAUUAUUAUUAUUAUUAUUAUUAUUAUUAUUAUUAUACAACCCUAUACCCGGGGGUCUCAGGGCGGUUCACAGAAUAAAAUCAAGAUUUAAAACCACCACAUACAUAAUAAAAAUAAAAACGACAGCCCAAUAACCCCAUCACCACCACCACAAAAAAACCCCACAUUUUAAAAGGGCAUAGGAAAAUCCCCGCAAGAUCACCCAUGUAUGCGGGUCUAACUAUAGGUGUGGCUUGAAGUUUCCUGCGGGGGAAAAAACGUGGUUCCACCGUUCGGAAAUGUUCUAAAGAUGCCAGUAUCUCAGUUUGUUGACAAAUGGAGAGCGUGCUGAUCUUUUUCUUACCCAUUCUUUUUGUUCCCCCAACCUCUACCCUCCGCCUUGAUAAAACUGGAGAGUGUGCUUGGAUAUGUUUUUAUUUAUUUUUUUAAAAAACGAGUUUCUAGAGCUUUGGGGGGGGGGGAAGCAUCUAUAGUUUAAAACGAGUGCUAAUUUUGGAGAAGGGAGUAGCUUUUUAAUAUUUUGCCUCUCUGCAGUCUGCACGGAAUAUUCCUGGUCACACUUAACUAUGAAACUUUUUUACACUUGAGUUCCAAUCCCUGGUCCAUAUAUUGUCUGCACUGACUGGCAGCAGCUGUCCAAAAUUUCAAACGGGUCUUUUCUGUUAUUACCUGGCAGUGCCAGAGACUUAACCUGAAACCUUCAUGCAAAGCAUGUUAUCUGCCAGGGAUUGUGAUCCCAUUCCCACUGCCACCAACACAAUUGGCAAUUUUUAACUAGGCAUGGGUAUAUGGACUGGAUGAGGAGGCGCAGGACCAAAAAUAACCCAUAUUAGAGACCUCUAUAAAGUCCCUGUUCCUCAUUUGUUAACUGGAACAAUUGCGUCAUUUCAGACACAGGUGUACAAAUUUAUUCUCUGGUGUAAGUAGAUCCAUUUUUCCUUUUAUGUGACUCCUCUGAAUGAUGACUGCAACUCAGUUACUCUUUGGUUUCUAUUCACCUGGAAAUUUUGAUGGAAACAAAUUAGGUGCAGAGGCUAUAGCUUAGGAAGCUGUAGAACACCAAAGUUCAAAUUAUUGCACAGGUAUAAAUAUUGAGCAUUGAGCAAGUCACCUCAGCCUAAUGUAUCUUUCAAGUUGUUUGUGUAGAAAACUGAAGUAUAUCCUGUAAGGGAAAGAAACAGAAAUAGAAAUGAAAGAAAUGGGAAAGAAAUAGAAAUGAACAGUAAAAUUUUCAUGCUAUGCAACUAGAUUAAAAUUUUACUGUUCAUUUCUAUUUCUCCUUCAAGGGAAUGUCAGUGUUGCCAAAAAAAAAAGGGUCACUUUUCUUUCUUUCUUUCUCUCUCUCUCUCUCUCUCUCUCUCUUAUUUAAAUCCAUAAUGAAGAUUUGCCUUCACUGGAUCACAAGUUGAGCAUAUAAGAUUAAUUUCCUCAGAUCAAGAAACAUGUCUGAUGAAGAUAUCAAUACUUUAGCCUAUACCAAAAGCCCAAAGUUCUCCAAAAGAACCACUUUUCAGGUAAAAGGUUUUGAUCUGUAAAUUAUAACAUUUUAUUGCUGUACAUUCUGUUACUUGCAAACUUAAAGUUGAUGGUUUGUGUCUUGGUUCUGCAUUGUGUUUAUGAGUGAUAAUUGCCCAGAGCUUGUGCAUAUUUCAUGUUCAGGAAAAAAUGGAUAUACCACAUACAUGCAUAAGGAUGUAUGGGUCUUUCAGAAAUAUAGGAGCUUUUCAUUGUUGGUGGGCUGAUCACAGAAGGGGAAUCAGAUUUAAAAUUUAUGAAAAAGAUACCCCACACAUUUGUUUAUCUUCAGUGUUGAUGGUUUUAUUUAUGUAAACAUUUGAUACACUGCUUUUUUCUUUUACGUUCAAAGCAGCUUACUUAAGCAAUUUAUAAAACAACUCACAAAGUCCCUAAUAAAACCAGUUACUUAUUUAAAAAAAACACAACCCUACGACAAGCAUGUUAAAUGUUUCAGCAGCUAUACAAAACCUAUUUUCAAGCCAAUAGUUUCAGCAUCUUGAGAGAGCUCUUUCAUAUCCUCAGGGAAACUGUUGAAAAGAUCUUAGAUAUUCCAAACAGAUCAAAAACAUAUAUUUUUUAACCACUUCAAGGCAGAACUCCUAAGGAACCAAUGGAAAAAUACAUGAAUCUGUACCUUAGACAAAACAAACAAAUUCAGGUUUUAUCACUUUAUGGUAAAAAGAUUAGGGAUUAUAAAUUGCCACAUUUUUAGUUUGUUCUAAGUAUAUAUUUUUUAAAGCAAAACAAUUUACAGUAAAAUUGGAACUACUCUGUUUCCUUUGAAAUGGUAAUGCAUUAUCUUCCCACUCUCCUCCUGUUUACAAUUUUUUAGGAAGAACUACAAGAAGCACUUCUUGCUCGCGCAGCAAAACAGCAAUCUUCUGAAUAUUCGGAAGAUUUUGAAAGUGAUGAAGAAGGUAAGUUAAAUAACAUGACAACUUGAAAUAUUUACGUGUGCCCUUUCAGUGCUUUUUGUCGUAUAAAUAAUUGAUCAGUAACUACAUGCAGAAUGAUCCUAGGCAUGUUUAAUUAGAAGUAAAGCAGCCAUCCUAACCUUGAUUUCUGUGCUGCUGGUUUAAGACUGGACGUCUCAGUCUUCUGGCUUCUGUUGUAAUGACUGCUCAUAUGCACCUUCUGCCCUAACCAGCUGGAGGCAGCAAGGCUAAAGAUGCAGCAAAGAAUUAAUUACUUCACAUCUCAGCCCCUUAGGAUUGUUCUGUACGUUUCAAUGAGUUUCGUGGGAUAUGUUCCUUAGAGUUAUUUUAGUAGCCAAAACACAGUGGCCCUGAAACUUAUUGCAGAGCUUUCUUUGAAUCUAGGCUGAUGUGGAUCAAAUCUUUUGCUUUACACUAGCUCAGAGGCUAUUAUAAUUUCAUCCUUUUUUCCCUCCUACACGGAGACAUAAUGGCCUAUCUCUUUCUCUAUAGAGAUUUGACGUUUAUGGGGGGGAAAUCAGAGUGUAACAAAAUGUUGUCAUUGAUAUUUUCUUAUUUAUGUUUCUAGUCACACCACUGCCCCCCUUCCCAGGUUUUUAAUUUGAGUCAAGAGAGCACAUUCACUCUUAAAUGGGCUGGUUUGGGUGUUUCUCCUCCCACCUGAUCCUAAAAAGGUAUAAUCAUGCAAGGCUUGGGGUUCUCUGAAGCUUGCAUGGUUACUGCUGUGUUGGCUACACAACCCACACUCAGAAAAUUAAGCUCUAUAUAUAUAUAUAUAUAUGUAUAAAAAAUUUGACACUUGUUCUAAAUGUACAUUACAGUACACUACGAAUCUCUUUGGGAGAUUUAGGAAUUGGAAGGAGAAACAUACAGUUUUGGGUUGGCACCAUAAACCGAUAUAAAUAUGUCAGGAUCAAAAUGCAUGGCAGAAUUAUGCUUUUAACCAAAUCCAGCUUGAUUCCCUUUCUUUAUCCACGAAAUGCCAAUCGACUCUGUUUUCAGGUUCAGAGGAGGAGUUUCCUGAAACUGUGGAAAACACCCCAAAGAAAUCAAUUUCCUUUGCAACAUCCAAGUAUAAUCUUCGCAAUAUGAGCACUUUGAAAAGAGAAAGUGCAGAUGACUUGUCUUCGUCAGAUGAAGAUGAGAGACCUCAAUAUGUGUCCAGGUUUGAGAGAGAGAUUUUGAGUGACGAGAGGCAAGCUGAACAUUCUGGAUCAGGUGAAGGGAGUGCGUCAAAAACAUCCAUUUCAUUUGAAGUAUCUCUGCCAGAUCACUACUCUUUUGAAAAAAAAUAUGCUGAUGACUUGAUUUUGACAGAAGCUGAAGAGAAGAGACUUCAAGAAACAGCCAUGUUGGAGAGUAAACAUCGGGUUGAAGAGAGGCAAGAAGAUGACUCAGUUUCUGAAGAAGGGUCGGGUUUUGAAGAAGAAGGUGAUAAGCAGGAAGAGGAACCAGUGUUUGAGUUGCAGAUAGAGAGGGAUGAUACAGUUCAGUGCAAAACUGAAAUCAAGCCAGUGCCAAGGCCAAGGGAAUUUAAGACCAAGGCGGCAUCAGCAUCAGGUAAAGCAAGCAUAAUAAAAUUCUGCUGCAUGCAUUAUAAUGCACUUUUCAGAUUUUAAACAAUAUUAUUAAGAAAAGUCCUUGUAUAGAUUAUACAAUGGAAUAUUUUUUCCUUUUAAUUUGUGUAUUUUAAAGGGAAAUAUUUUUUCCCUUUAAUGGAAUAUUUUCCAUUUCUUGAAAGUGUGUGUGGAAUAUUUUUUCCUUUUAAUUUGUGUAUUUUAAAGGGAAAACAUCUGCAGUAUCAAGUUAAUUUUUUCCUGUUGGCGGACUGUUUGUUGUUGUAUUUCUUUAUAUUCCAAGAUAAGUUUAAGCUAUAUUUUAUAACGUUUUAUACAUAAUAAAAAGUUGUCAUUUUGCAGUCUCUUACAACAAAGCUUAUAGUAACUUAGAACAAUACCCUGGUGACCCAUCAGUUUCAGGCCAUUACACCUGUUGGAUAAGAGAGUUACUGUCAGUUCCCAUAUGACAUAUCAUAACUAGUUCUGGAUUGUCGAAAGAUAAUAAUAAUAAUAAUAAUAAUAAUAAUAAUAAUAAAUUUUAUUUAUAUCCCGCCCUCCCCAGCCAAAGCCAGGCUCAGGGCGGCUAACAACAAACAAAUAAUCAAACAAUCAAAUAAUCCAACAUUCUAAAACAUUUCAUUAUAAAAAUUAAUUAAAAUCAAAUUAAUGGCAACCGUUAAGCAAAGUUCUGUGCAGGUUGCCAGAGGAGGGAGUCAGGCUGGGCCCUGACCAAAGGCCUGGUGGAACAACUCUGUCUUGCAGGCCUUGCGGAAAGAUGUCAGGUCCCGCAGGGCCCUAGUCUCUUGUGACCGAGCGCUCCACCAGAUUGGAGCCGCAGCCGAGAAAGCCCUGGCUCUAGUUGAGGCCAGCCUAACCUCUCUGAGGCCUGGGACCUUCAGGAUGUUUUUAUUUGCAGACCGUAGGUUCCUCUGUGGGGCAUACCAGGAGAGGCGGUCCCGUAGGUACGAGGGUCCUAGGCCGUAUAGGGCUUUAAAGGUUAAAACCAGCACCUUAAACCUGAUCCUGUACUCCACCGGGAGCCAGUGCAGCUGGUAUAGUACCGGAUGAAUGUGAUCUCGCAGCGAAGACCCCAUAAGGAGUCUCGCCGCGGCAUUCUGGACCCGCUGGAGUUUCUGGGUCAGUCUCAAGGGCAGCCCCACGUAGAGCGAGUUACAAUAAUCCAGUCUGGAGGUGACCGUCGCGUGGAUCACAGUGGCUAGGUCAGGGCGAGAGAGAUAAGGGGCCAACUGCUUAGCUUGGCGGAGAUGAAAAAUGCCGCCUUUGUUAUAGCUGUAAUCUGCGCCUCCAUAGAGAGGGAGUUAUCAAAGAUUAGACACAAACUAUUUACUUACGGUGCUGGCACUAGUUGCUACCCAGCAAGAGAUGGGAGUUGCCCCCCCAAUCCCAUAUCGUCACGUCCCAGCCAGAGGACCUCUGUCUUCAAAGGAUUUAACUUCAACCGGCUUCCACGUAACCAUCCAGCCACAGCUUCCAAACAUCUGGUCAGUGUGUCUGGGGCCGAGUCAGGAUGGCCAUCCAUCAACAGAUAGAGUUGGGUGUCAUCGGCAUACUGAUGGCAACCCAGCCCAAAACUCCGGACAAGCUGGGCAAGGGGGCGCAUAAAGAUGUUAAAAAGCAUCGGGGAGAGUAUCGCACCCUGAGGCACUCCACACACCAAGGAGUGGCGGGAUGACAAUUCCCCCCAAGCGCCACCCUCUGUCCCUGACCGGAGAGAAACGAGCGCAGAGCUAGUUUAGAUGUGUCCAAAACCUUGGAUAUGCACUAGGUACAGAAAAGAAAGAUGACUCAGUUUACUUUUAAGGCAAACUGACCUAAUUUGUACUUACUGGAACACAGCCAUCCUUUGAAUUUUACAAUUCAGUUCUCAAGGCAAGUAACGUGUACAGAAAUGCAUAUACCAAGGUAAAGUGUGCAUUAAACUGUAUAUUGGGGAAGUAGCAUACAAAAAUAUAUUAGGGGGGAUUGCUUUGAAAAAUUGCAUGUAGAUGUAUGGAUUAAGAGAAAUUCACAUUAAAAUGCUGCUGGAUUUUCAUGAGGACAUUUUUUUAAUUAAAAAAUGCAAACUGAUGUUGAAAUGUGGAGAGCUAAAAAUAUGAGAAACUGAAAUUGAGAUUCACUCAUUCCUAGAUGUGCCUAGUGCAAGGUUAAAUUUUAAACUCAUGAUAUAUCAGAAGCUAUUUCUGAAAGUUUCUAGGUAGGCUUGGCUGCUGACAUGAAAAACUGCUCUUUGAGAGGCACAACGCCAAGGCUACCUUAGGUGCUCAGAAGUCUGGCAGUUCUUUGGAUUGCAGGCAAUAGCAGAAAGGGAGCCCCAAGAGGCUAUUAGUGUAUGAGGAUCUUACCUUUAGCUCUGUUGUAUCCCAUGAGUUCUUAAAAGAGUUCCUGUUUAUGAUCAAGUGUGUCUGGCAGUCAGGGAGUUGUGCUAUUUGUAUUUCUAUCAUUGAUGAUGUGAAGUACAAAGGUUACCACAUUGUUUAAUUUCUAAACCAAGAUGAUAUAGCACCAGUGCUAAAGUCUGAAGUCACACACUGUGUCCGAAAGCCUUGCCCCCUUAAUUCAGAUAUGUGGGGCAGGUUAUACUUACUUGGUGAGUAGGAAAGGUGCAUGUUCAUGUGCACUUUCAUGAUUACUAUAUUAUUGUAAGUGGAUACACACACUUUCAAGAGCUGACAGCACCUGUGGCAUAAUCAUGGUAAUGUUAGGUUUGUGCUUGGCAGUAGUUAUAACUAUGGUUAUGCUUGUUGAUGUGGACAUUCCAGUUUGGAUUGUGGCUGUUCUCUUAAAUGGCCCUGGGUAUGAGACCAGAUUCUUAGGAUUGAACCGCAUGUGACCCUUUAAGGACAGUCAGCACUUCCUGGCAAUUUAAGAUACUGAGAGAAGUCAUACCUUAAGCCACCAGUGUUUUACUCUCAGAAUUCUAUGAUCCAUUUUUCAUUUGGGAAAUAAUUGCACAUUAAGCAUUUCAGGUUGCAAUCUGACUAAAUAGUUGGGGGAAUUAUUGUUUUGUUUGUUACUGUGUUAUGUAUUGUUGUGUUUUUAUAUUGUAAACCGCCCUAUGAUCCUUUGAUAAAGGGUGAUAUAGAAAUUUAAUAAAUGAAUGGGGUUUUUUCCCUCCACUUGGUGGCAGCAUAGUCCAUGUUUGCCUAUCUCCAAAUUCAAGUCUGGUUUGCAUGUCACAUUUAAUCAGGGGUAGUGAAUGAAGUGCCACAGAAUCAUAGAAUUGGAAAGGAGCACGAGGAUCAUCUAGUCCAAUGAAGGAAUAUUUUGCCCCUCCAGGUGUUUUGAACUACAACUCCCAUUAUCCCUGGAUGUUGGCAAUACUGGCUGAAGCUGAUAGGAGUCGUGGUCCACAGCAUCUCGAGGGCCCUUAUUAGCUCACUCUGCAUUAAACCAUAGCCAGUGCUUUAUUUAUUGAAUGCAAGUGAGCACUGCUCUGGUGCACAAUGUUCAAAAGUUCCACUUUGCACCAUGCCAGCAGCAACAAACUACAAGCUUUGGCUUGUGGUGUGAACCAAACCCGUGCUUUUGGUUCAUUGGGGGCAAGCAAACUACAAGCCUGGGUUCAAAUGGCACAACAAGCUCACAGCAAAGCCAGGAAUGUGGGACAGGCGUAGUGGGCACUUUGGGACAGUGCACACUCACACACUGCUCAUUCACACCUUAACUAUGGCUUAAUGUGGUGCCAAAAUGAGUAGUGGGGCAGGGCAGCUCCAUGGAGCCAGACUUUAGGCAAUGGUAUCACUGUUACCCCAGGGGGGAGGGGCACUGCAGGCACACAAGUGGGAGCACCAGAUAGCUUUCACUGUUGCACCCAUUCUGCCCCAACCUUGAAGUCACUCUGUCCCAGUAAGCACCAGAGAUGCCACUUCAAGGUCGUGCCCUGCCCCAUUGAUCACCCCUACAUGUGAUUCUGCUUCAAAAAUUAUUAUUUUUUAAUGCUUGGAUAUUAAAAGCCAACUUUCUUUUUUGUGUGUCAGAACGUUUUCAGCAGCUAAGCUAAGUCAUAAUCAUACAGUAGUUCUAUCAAGGCUUUACAAGAAUUCCUGUAGGCUGGUUUUUAAUGGCACAGGGAACUGCAUUCCUUGUGCAAGUCCAGGGGCACCGCUCAGGAAAGCUCUUGAGCUUUUGGAGCAAGGCAGCUGUUUAAUCCCUGUGCUCGCUUGUCUGAUCAAAUUAGGGGAAGCUCCCUGGCCUGACUAAAAUGAAGCUUAGAUAGAGUCCCUUUAUAGAUAUACCUGUAAGCUCAUUUUGCCAGGGCGUGUCACUGGUAAAAGCCCUACCCCUUGUUCUUUCUGUACUUGCAUGAGCUACAGGGACAACUUAAGAGAAUGAGGGAUUCUGUGGGUAACCUUAGUUGACUCAGUGGGAACUACAGUUCAGGGACUUCCAUAGUUUGAAUUUACCUCCCCCCUCCAGUUAAAAUGACAAUUUACAAUUUCUUUCUUUGUAUUUUUCUCAGCUGAGAAUAUUAGCAUUCCCGCGCGAUAUGAUUAUGCAAAGCCAUCUUCUCAACCUAGGAGUGUUUUGAGAAAAAGCAGCCAUGUGGAGGAUUACGAAGGAACUAAGGCAGAGGAUAGGACAUCUCACAGCCACAGAUUUUCACUGUCUGCACCAUCUUCUGAAACAAGGCUAAAUGAUCAAGUGAAGAAAUCUGAAAAUAGAGCACUUUCUGAAAGUCCUGGUCCUGAGGUCAGAAAAUAAUUCUGAUCUAUUGUAUAUGAAUAAAGGGUGGAAGGCAGUCUGAGUGAAGCUCUCACAAGUCCCAUUUCUAUCCAUGGAGAGCUAAACACAUAUUUAACUCUCUUCUUCUGAAAUCACUGAGAUAGGUGGCUGGAUCCUGCCUAAAGUUACCAAGUUUAUAUUUUGUUCCAACAUAUACGGAUGAUUUUACCCUUCGUGUUCUACAAUCAUUCCAUAGCUUUACACCAGUGAGAAAAUGUUAACUUUGAGAAGAACAAGCUAGGAAUGGUUACAUAUAUAUUUUCAGGGUGGAAAUGUGCUCCAGUGUGCAACAAAAUGAUGUUCUGGUGUAUAUGAUUCUUCAGCAGCCAAGAGGUUGGAAUUCAGGAUCUGAAUACAUUGAAAUAAUAUUAAAACCAGCUCUGAGAAAAGGCUCAGUUUACGCAUAGAGGCUGCAUACACACCAUACACUUAAAGCAUAUCCCCUGCCCCCAAAUAAUCGUGGUAACUGUAGUUUGUUAGGAGUGCUAGGCACUGUAGCUCUAUGGGGGUAAAUUGCAGUUUGAAGAAGUGUGGGAGUGCUUUAAAUGUGUGGUGUGUGCAGGCAGUAACUCCACUUUCCCAAGAGUAACUCCCAUUGAAUUCAAUAGGAGAACAGCCUAAGAAACAGGUGGGGGGGAUAAAGAACUUGUUUUUCAAUUCUAGCAGCUGAAUAUCUGUAGACCUGAGGUAGGCUAAAUCUUACAUUGUUUUUAGUCUUUAUUUUGGGAGAUACAUUUGGGGGAUUUUCUUUUUUAGAAAUCUUUUUAAUCUGAUAUGGAUUAAUCACAAGUAAUGAUAGGCUUGCCUCUACUUUCAUUUUGCAUUUUAGGGCCCCUGGAUUGCAAGCUCCUCAUCCCCAUUCCCUAUUCAUUUUUCAUCAGUGGAUGAGAGAACUGGAGAUUCCAAUUUGGCAAUAUCUGCAGAAGAAUCUUCUUCAAAAGGUAAAUAAUAUGACUACACAAUAUUUUUUAAAAAAUUACAAUUCAGAGAGUGUUGCUUUGUAAUGCUGAGCUCCUUAUAACUUAAGUCACCUUCAAGAACUUAAAUCAAGUUGCCUUGAAGUAAUUUCUUACUGUUAAUGGGGAAAGUUUGAAAGGCACAGUUAAUAAUGAUCUACUUUAGUUGUCCCUUGAUCUUCCAUCACCAUAAAGGGAAUUGGGGGGGGGGUAUUGCUGACAUGCUGAAAUAGAGAAAGAACACUUUCUUUCAAGUUAGUCUUUAAAAUACAUUUGUCUCAUAUAAAAUUAAUUCUGAGAAAAGCUUGCAAAACACCAGAUACAUUCUCUUAUCUCUUUCCUUCCCUGGCCCUGCCCAGUGUCUGAUCAUUAACCCCAUGUGAGGCUUCUUUUCUUUCCAUAUUAGAAGAUGAACAGAAAGAAACUGAUAACUGCAAUGAUCUGAAAUUGCUGGAUAGUGGCAGAGAAUCCCCUUCUGUGAUAGAACUAAUGAUGACAACAGUUUAUGAGAAAAAUAAGAAACUUCACAAGUCAACUGAGGAUGAUCUGGAAGGAAAGCUCCAGACAUUAGAACACAGUGCCGUUGAGGAUGGAUCAAAUGAGACAACAAAGGAGGAUAAAUUUGAACAAAAGGUAGCACUAAGUACUUCAAAGGCUGUGCUGGGUACUUCAAAGGAUUCGUUAAAGGUGUGUUUCAUGGACUAUUGUCAUAUAGCCUUAAAUUGAUACGUAUAUGCACACAUAUUCACUUUUUAAAAACUUGUUUGGCUGCUACCCGCUUAUGACUAUGGAACGAUGUUCUUCUACCAGUGGUCAACUAAACUGUGCUCUAGUAUUAGACAUUUCGUGUCUAUUUCAGUUGUGGUUGACUUAUGUUUCCUCUUGCUCCAUUCAAAAAAGACAUUUGAUAAAACAAAAUCAAUGCUCGUGGGUAAAGACCCCAUGGUAAUAUUGCCAGCAGACAGGCUUGGAUUCAAAGAUCCCGCUGCACAAGUAGAAGACAUUUCUGCUUGUUCAGAGGGAGGUCGCUGAUUGGCUCACACCCAAACAUGGUUAGUAGUCCCUGAACUCUCUUCCUUCAUGUGCAAAAGAUGCUCUGGGGUGUUCUCCAAAUUUCUAGAGCCAUUUGGAAGCUAUAAAUAGAAGGAAAAUGUGGAUCAUGCAGAAAUUCUUAGUCCUUGUUAUUUGGUUUAUAUUUCAUGAAGGCAGAAUUCCACAAUUUUAUAUUGUGAGCCUUCUGAGUAUUCAGAGGCUUUUGAUUUGGCACACACAAUAUCUCAAAAUAGGUGCUGCAUAAGUACAGUGGUACCUCGGGUUAAGUACUUAAUUCGUUCCGGAGGUCCGUACUUAACCUGAAACUGUUCUUAACCUGAAGCACUAUUUCUGGGUUAGCGGAGUCUGUAACCUGAAGCGUAUGCAACCUGAAGUGUACGUAACCCGAGGUACCACUGUAGUACUAUUACUUUCCAGGCUGUACAACCAGUUUUCUUUUUCUGGUUUUAUUAGGAGGAAGGUGAAGAAAAAGAGACAGGUCCACAAAAAGCAAAAUCUCCAAUAAGCAGGUAGGAAAUUUGGUACAUUCUUCAGAAGCCUGGUUGUUUUCUUCAUUACAUAUUGGACACGAUCACACUGGAAGGUGACAUAAAUGUUUCCAGUUUUCUAAGUCACAAAUGGCAAAUUUCACUAGCUUAAUUCUCUGUAUGAGGUAGUAUCGGUUCUCUGAGCCCACAUUCUGAAAUAUUAUUAUUACUAUUAUUAUUUUCCCACCCUUCAUGCUAAGGUUCCAGGACAGGUUACAACAAUUAAGACCCAAUGGUAAAAACAGUUUAAAACAAUGUACCAUCACAGAAAUAAGGUGUUAAGUAGUGCUUUGCCCCAAACCACAUUGUUCUUGUUACUUUUAUACACACACACACACACACACACACACACACACGUGUGUGUGUGUGUGUGUGUGUGUGUGUGUGUUUUAAAAGGUCAUGUGAAUGGCCUCAAAUUUUUUUAAGUUUAUCUGGCAUGAAUGUUUAAGUGCUGAUUAUUUUCCAUUUAAAUUCCUCCAGAUUGAUUUUUUUUUUAGCCCUGAAGCAUCAUUCCAAAAAUCAGAGUCAGUUUUUUCAAACUUCUGAUUCUUUGUAUAGCAAGCAUAGUUUUCCUUAAAAUGAUUUAACGCAUCUAAUGAUAUUUUAUAUUUCACCUUUUCUGAAAUUCUUGACUCAUUAACAAACACGCUCAAAUUGUUUGUUGAAGGGAAAGGUCCAAACAUCAAGAGUGGGUUUAAAGAACACCUACACCAAUCCUCAUAAAAGACAAGGAGGAAACUUUGAGACUCCUGUAGUUCAGCCCCAGACCAAAACCUUGUUAGCUAAAAAACAACAAACACCCUCAUCUGUGUAGGCCAAGGGAUUCUAAUGUCAAUCUCCAGCUCACAGAGUUAGGUCACAGUUCUUUGUACUACAAACUUGGGGGCCAUUUCUAUUAUUCCAAAUAAUUUCAUGAGCAAGUUUCUCUCUACAAGACACAAUUGGCUCUGCACAUAAUGCUUUGGAUAUCUGAGUCUUGCACUCAGACUUGACCCAGUCAAGUGCUCUUUGAGACUAUUAUACACCUGAGAAUGUGUAUAGCUUCUCAGUAAAUGGGGACACGUAUCUGCUUUUACAUGUCGUAUACAAAAUUUGGUAUGUCAUUUUUAUUUUACAGAUCUUUCAGCUCUACCUACUUGAAGAAAACUGGGAAGCACUCCCCCAUCCCAAUCAGUACAUCAUCUCAAUAUUUGGGAACAUUAAAGGUCUUGGACAAUAAGCAUUUGCAAAAAUUCAGUGCCGAACUUGACAAAGCAGAUAGUUUACGGGCAGCUGUCUACCAGGUAAGCCUUUAGAGCAUUUUAAUGCUGUGUCAUUAAGAAUAUUUCCCAAUUUGCUUUAAGGGAGGCAGGAACCUUUGUAGAUUUAUGUGUCAUUUAUUCAGAAAAGAUGUGAAUAUAAUUGUCUGCAUUUCAACUUGCUGAAAAUCAGUUAUAGACAUUUGUAGUUUUUGUCCUUUUAAAAGUUGUUUGAAGAAUAAUUUCAUGCUGUAUUUCAGAUGGUCUAAGUUACAGAGGAGGGCUGGCUGCUAAGUUUUCUUGAAGCAGCCAGUUCAGAUGUUAUAUUAUCCCUGGGCUUCUACUAGGAUUGGGAGUGGCUCUGGAGCUUGUUCUCCUUUCCCCACCUCUCAUUAUAGAUAAAGAGAGGCAAGAUUAACAUUUAUUUAUAUGUAAAUCUCACACACCCCACUUCCUGCCUUAAUCAGUCAUUCCUGAAAGUUGGUGAAACUUAAAGGAGCAGCCUUUAACACUGCAUGAGGAGUUAUGAUUUGGAAAGGAGAUUGCCUGAUAAGAAAGACUUGUGCAUGCCUAGGACAUUCUUUUUAAUCUCCGCACAAAAGUCCUGCUCUUGCAUAUAUCAAAUUAUGAGAGCAGCUGGGAUAUCCUGUGUAAGAAAAACAGAUUAUCCCUCUGUUAAAAGGUAAUUUCAUCCUGUUAGGUCUGAAAAUUGCCUAUUACAGCUUUCUGCUUUUUUCGUUCCUUCCAUAGGACUGGUUGGAAAAGAAAAGAAUCUUUCUUUUGGAACUACAAAGAAUAAAAAGAAACAAAGCUGAGAACUUGAGAGAAAAGAAUGAAAAGGUUUGUUCUGAAAAUAGUUCGUCUUAAAGGGACUUGCUAUAGCAUAUAGUUUUCCACAUGCUAAAUGCUAACAUUGAGAUUCAACAUUGUUUGACCACGCAUCCACUGAUGCAGUAGAGCUACUGCUUUCUCUGUUCCUAUCCACAGCCCCUCACACACCCGUUGUUUCUAGCAGCAGCACUAAUGUCUUUGUGGGAAAUAUUUAGUGAGCACCUCACUGGCAGAAAUGACUGACAGAAUCCGAGACCAGGGAGAAGAGUCGGUGGAAGAAGAUUGGAAGAAGUUCAAAGAUUAUCUACAGAAAUAUUGUAAAAUUAAUGAAUGUUAGAAUGAUGUUGGAUAGAAAUUAAGUGGUUUCCAGCUGUAAUGCUUUAAGGGAAUAUGAAAAAUGGGCUGUUAAGAGGUAAAAAUCUAACGUUACUAUUUUAAGACCAAAGAUUAGGACAAAUAAAGAGGGUAAGGAUUUGCUGAACUAACAAACUGAACUCGAAUACAAAAAAGGGAGGUAUGAGGAGGUCCGGGAAACAAGCUAAGGAAAAAUAAGCAAUGGAAAAAUUGAGUGGUUUUUAAUCACUUUUAUUUUGUAUUUUUUUUCUUUUUCAUUUGUUAUUGUAAUAUUUUAAAAAAAUCUUAAUAAAUAUCUUAUAAAAAAAAAUAUUUAGUGAGCACCUCACUUACAGGGCUUUGAGAAGACUCCCUCCUCGACUUAGUGCCUGGUGCAUGCACCCUGCUCACGCAGCCCAAAAUCCGCCCCCUUGUAAUCCAAAACAUCUGGAGGGCCAUAGGCUGAUCUGAAAGGACAAUGAGAUUGAACAGAGGUAGCAUAACAGUGGUUGCUGCUUGUGAGAAACUAGAAGAACAUUCCCUGGAAAGUUUUCUUCAAGGUGGACAGUAGCAAAUUAAGAGGGGCGCAGACCCUUCUCACAAUAGCGACACAUCUAUGUAAACGCCUGCACAUUUGAGGCAAAUAGUUUUGAAAUAACUUUAAUUAACCUCAAGAUGGUUUUCUGUUUAAACAAAACCAAGGCAUAGCCAGUAGAUAGGAUGCUAAGUAGUAAAUUUCCUGCAUUACGAGGCAGAUAUAGUCUUACUAGAACAGUAACUAGCAGGGCACACAAAUUACUGUGGUACGCAUGUUUGCUUGACCUUUUCCCAAUUAAGUCCAGACAUAAUAAUAAUGAGCUCUCUUUUUUUAACUGCCAAUGUUGCCUCCCACAUAGGAAGCAGCUGCUAAGAAAGAAGAAGCACUUGCAUCCUUUGAAGCCUGGAAGGCCAUGAAAGAAAAAGAAGCAAAGAAACUAGCUGAGAAGAAAAGACUAGAAGAGGCCAAGAAAAAGAUGGAAGCAGAACUGAAUGAGAAGAAGAAGGAAGAGGCCCAAAAGGCAGUGAGACAAUUUCAUAUUGCAAACAUUAGAUUGAGGAGAGAGGACUAAUGCAGACAAAUGGACUCUGCAGCUAAUGUUCACGAUACUUCCACACAUUUACAAUUCAUCUUAAUAAGUGUCGAAUUCUGCAAAUGAAUUGCAUACAUAAACCAAUUACCCGCAGUAGGAUACCUUCCUUUUCUUUACUCUUGACAGCAACAUAUGCAUGAACAAAACAAUUUUGCAAGUGGAUCUUGUUAUCUGUGAGGCCAAGUAAUGGGACAAAAUCUAUAAAACCCGGCUGCAAGCUUUAAUCAGUACACUAAUCGAUAAAGCUUCAGUGAGUUAAUUGGCAAGGGCCAAUUCUCAUUGGUGAUGCUGAGAGUUAAGGACUUGCUCGUUUCUAACCUGGUUUGAUUCUGGUGCGUUGCCAUAAUACAGAAUAAAAGAAAACAUUGAGGACAUGGGAUAGCCUGAAAACUGUAUGGGAGCAAGUUAGUGCAGAAUACAGUAGCCUGGUCAAUGGACAAAUAGAGUAUAUUGUGCCAUUUUGGAACUACUACACUGGCUGUCAAUACAUUUCCAGGCAUAAUUAAAGUGCUUGUUUUAACCUAUAAAACACUAAAUAAGGAUGAUGUGCCCCAUGCACCCUGUUCUCAGAUUCAGCCUCUCUUCAGCAACUGUCCAGCAGCAGGUCAUUUUUUUCUUUUCCCCACUGCAUUCCUCCAACAACACCCCCAUCCAGAAGCAGUCGGUAAUAAAAUCCAUUCUCCUUUGGUUGGGGGGGGGGAGCAUGGCAAAACCUAAUCAAAUUCUUUGUAAAGCAUAAAUCAAAAGCCUUCCCUCUUUUUCGAAGUAUCAGAGGAGCAACUACACACAUUUUUUUAUUAGGAGGAAAAAAAGACUACUUGAAAAUAAUAAUUAUAAUUAUUUAUUACUUAUACCCCGCCCAUCUGGCCGGGCCUCCCCAGCCACUCUGGGUGGCUCCCAACAGAAUAUUAAAAACACAAUAAAACAUCAAACAUUAAAAACUUCCCUAAACAGGACUGCCUUCAGAUGUCUUUUAAAAGUCAGAUAGUUCUUUAUCUCCUUGGCAUCUAAUGGGAGGGCGUUCCACAGGGCAGGUGCCACUACCAAGAAGGCCCUGUCCUCUCCCUUUCCUUUCACAGCUGUUUUAAGGAUUCUCAAGCUUCAGAAAACCAUUUAAAUACUUUCUAAAACCCAGUCCCGGUUCUUUCGGCAGCUGAUUCAUUGCAGCCUAUUUGCAUAUGAUUCUUCGGGCGCACCUCUUGAUUAAUGCCAAUUAUCCAGAUUGAGGAGGAACCUUCCACAAAUCAUGCCAGUAACAGAGGCUCGUCCAUGGCAGGGGCACACUCCCAGGUCACUCCCAUUCUGCUUUCCAAAUUGGCAGACCCAGGAUUGUGCGACACUGUGGGAUUCAGUGAACUUCCCAGCCCAGACCCCACUGGAAAGCAUUGGGAGGCUUUGUGCCUCAUUCUCUCCCUUUCCCCUUGCCUGAACUUCGCAGCCCCCAGAGGGCUAUGAAGAACAACAGGCAUUGACUCAUAGGCAUGAUCAGAAACCGGAUUGGUGCAAUUUGUUUAAUCGUAUUUUAAUAAUUUUAUCUUGCAAACUGCUCGGAGCCAUGCUGAAAAGCAGCCAAUAAACUGUUCAGAUUAAAUACAUAAAGCGCAGGUGCCUUUUCCUUCUUUUAAUGUUAGGUUUGCUUGUUAACUAAUUUUGCACUGUGCACAUUUAAGCAAUCAAUUGACUGGUUUAGAGCAGAUUAUUAAUUAACUAGAACGUAUUAAAUUGCUUGACAACCCUGAUAAGAUCUCCUCGGUGCACAUCCCUGAUGGAUUUGUUGCUUUCUUUAGGCUUUUGAGAAAUGGAAAGAAAAGAAAGCUGAAUAUUUAAAACAACAAAUAGAAAGGAAGAAAAGAGUUGAAAGAUUAAAGAAGAAGAAAGAAGAGGAGGUUGUUGCAGAGAAGAAGAAAGACAGCACAUCCGCUGUUGAAAAAUGGUACAGUUGUUAUAAUCAUUGUUGGUAGCAGCAGCAGCAGCAGUAGUAGUAUAAAAUACUUUAAAAGUACCUGACAUUUUCUAAACACUGCAUAUAUUAAAAGAUAAAGCAGUCCUUUCCCACAGGCUCACAGUCUAAUAGACACGACACAAAAGGGAAAAGGAAUGUGGAGGGCAGUAAAAAACAAGCAUUGGAGUCAUUUCUCCUUCUCUGACCAAUGGAUUUAUGGGGCCAGGUCACAGAAUUGUAGAGUUGGAAGGGACCCUGAGGGUCAUCUAGUCCAACCCCCUGCAAUGCAGGAAUCUCAGCUAAAACAUCCAUGGUCUCCCUGGAAGGCAGGGGGUGCAGCUUCCCGACGGCCUUUGAUACCCUGGCUGGUGGCAGAGGCCUGCAUAUGCCUCCAUUUAGUUUUUAUACAACAUUAUAAUGAUGCAGGCAAGCACCUGAAUCUGACAAUGCUAAGUAUAUGUUGUAUCUGUGUUACAGUGUUGUUUUGUGUUAUUCGAGUAGGAUGCAUACAUUUCCUUUGUGUAUUAUCCUUUAGGAACGAGAAAAAAGAGGAAUUCCUGAAGCAAAAGAAAAAAGAAAAAACCCAAGAAAGAAGAAAACAAAUAGAACAAGAAGUUGAGAAGGAAGAAAAGGAUAAAAGAGCAAUAGAAGAAUAUGAAAAAUGGCUGGUAAGUGUUUGCGCUUGUGAUAAUAUCCAAGAUUUGACAUACUGUAUAGAAAUUUUGGCGAGUGAACUUUCAAUGUUUUAAAAUCCCCAGAUGGUGGCAGUAUAAUCUCUCUUCCUACAAUUGUUGGCUCUAGAACUUAGAAAACAACCCUCAGAUGUAUGUGCAAUACCUAGCAUUCUGCAGACAUGUAUUAGAUUUCUGCCUUUAAAGUAAGAUGCUACAUAGAUGAUGUAGAGGAAGUGUUAUUUUGCACACUUUGCGGGAUUUCCUGGAAGCGUGUUUGAAUUUCCCAGUAGACAUGCUUUGGUUUUGAGGGACUUGGAGAGUGGAGUGCAGAGGGCAGCUACUAAAUUUAAGAGGGCAUCUGCUCAACAAUGUAGGGUCUGGUGACCCUUGACAUUAAGAAUAUGUAACAAGGUUUAUUUUAGAUAUCAUAAUCACCUAAGGAUGGCUGGGAUGGCUAAUUUGUGGCCCUCCAGAUGUUUCUGUUUCUGUAGAACAUGACGGCUGCCUCACAAAGAUUUUGGUAUGUAUACCACUGCCUUACUAGCAGUUUCUUGUCCCAAUGCUAUAGUCGGUGACAGUAGAGUCUUCUCUUCUCCUGUUCACUGUCAGGAAGAGCCGCUGCUUCUGCAAAGCCAUGUCAGCCCAGCAAAGAACCAGCAAAGUCUAGCAGCAGCAGCAGCUGCCCAAGUGAGUGACUGUAGAUGCAAGGAAAUGGUUUCAUAGAUGAGGAUUUUCAUUAUUCAGAGUUGAUAGAAUAGUUAUGACUUAUGCUUUAUACUUAUACAUAGACGUAGUUGCAUAAAUGUGGAAAUGGGGGGUUAGCUAUUAGCUAUUAGAAGUCGCUUCACUCUGAGCCAGCCUCCAACAACCUGGUGCCUCCAGAUGCUGGCUGGGCCUGAACAUCUGGAGGGCACCAGAUGCACAAAAACCGCUCUAAGAAGUUUCCCGGUGGACAGGAGCCAACACGUCCAAUACUGGCAUUCAAAGAGAAGCAGUGGCGUAUAUAAUGUGAGCCACAUUCUUGGAACAGGAAAAGAAAUGUAUGGUUUGUGUUACGCAGUGUGGUCACAUCAAACGUGCAUUAACUUGUGUGAAUUCAGUUACAUGUGCUUGGCACUGGCAGUGGUCUUUCCAAUGGCUGUUGCAGCAGAGAAAGGGGAGAGACUAAGGAAAGAGGGAGGCAGGCAGGCAGAGGAAGAAGACAUCCCAGCUCCCUUGACUUCAGAAGGAAGGAAAGAGGCAUUCAAAGAGAAAUGCAGGCAGAAAAAGGCUGGAAUGGAUCCGGAAUGGAGCUGCAGCUUCUGCCUAAAUCUAAACAAGCCUAGUCCUGCCUCUGCCAAAUGCAAGGUAGUCGAGUGGCUAGCAUGAGUAAUCUGGAUCGUGCAGUGAAGGGGAGCUAGCAUGGUGUAGCAGCUAGAGUGUUAGGGUACAACUGCAGAGACCCAAGUUCAACUUCCCAUUCGGCCAUGGUGCUCUCUGUGUAGCCUUGUGCCAGUCUCUCUCUGUCUAAACUUAAGAGUCUGCCUGGGCUCUGAGGUCCGCAGGGAAAGCCCUUCGUGUUCUCCCAGUUGAUGUAGCCCGCAGGACAGGACCUCCUCUGUCGUGGCACCUUGUUUGUGGAAUUCUGAAGCAAUGUCACUAUCAGGCUUCCAACACCACUUAACAAAACAUCUUCCUACCCAGGCCUUUGGAAAAAACUGGUGUCAGUGCCAGCUCUCAAUGAUGUAGUCUCUUUGCUGUACUCUUAUUGCUUGGGAUUUCAAUACGAGACACCAUGUUUUAUUAUUUUAAUGUAAUUGUAGUGAACCACUCUGGGAUUAUAAUUGAUGAAGGGUGGUUUGUAAAUUGACAAAUAAAACAAGAUAAAAUAAAAUUCAUUGGGUUGGCUGUGAGAAUAAGAAGGAGGAGGGAACCACAUAUGCUGCCUUGAUCUCAUUUUAGGAGGGGUAGGAUGAUGGUGAUGAUACAUAUGAAGAUAUCCUUUUCCCUCUUAUGGCCUGUUUUACCUAUUCAUAGAAACCGAAAGAGAGAGAUUAAAGAAACAUAAAAGGACUUCCGGUUCUCCUUCCUGCAGCUAAAUAUAUUAUUGACGCCAUUAAAAUCCAACCAUUCUGUAAACCAGAAUUUUUCAAUCUUCAAAUCUCAAUAGUACAAGUUAAUUUUCUCUUUCAUGCAAAAAGUCCAUAAGAAGGUUCCAGUCCUGAAUAAAUGUCAAUAAUGAUUUAUUUUUUUUAAUUAAGCACAUUAACUUUGCUAUCUCAGCCAAGUCCAAUAGUUUUAUCGGCAAUUCCUCUUUAGUGAGUAGGGCUAUAUCUUUCCAUCUUUGUGCAAAUAGCAGUCUUGCCGCUGUAAUAAUAUAUUGGCAAAAUCUUCCUUAAUCCAUUUCCAGUUGUAUGUCCAUUAACCCUACAACAAAGAGUUCCCGGGCUUCAAUUGAAUAUUAACCUUUAAAAUCUGUUGUAUCAAUAUAUGUAUUUGUAUCCAAUAUUUUUUAGCCUUUUUACAUGUCCACCAAGCGUGAUAAAAUGUCCCUUUGUGUUCUUGGCAUUUCCAGCAAACAUUUGAAACUCCUUUAUACAUUGUCAGGAGAUAAGUACCAAUGAUACGUCAUUUAAAAAAAAAUUCUCUUUAGUUUGUUCCAGGCUAUUUAAAGUUUGCUUUGUUAGUGCUGACUUUAUCCUACGCACAAACAUCAGCUUGGUGAUCUGAAAAUACAUGUAUUAAGAUUAACAUCUCUAGGGUCAAUAGGUCAAUGGUACAUCUGCUAAGUGUUAUUUCAGCAUUGCGCAUGUUUUAAAUCUGUACAUCAUAGCUUUAUAUAUAACUUUAAAGUUUAAAAUGGGCCCCUUGAGUCCUCUCAAGAGUACUGAUUAUGCUCCUAUUGUAUAAGAAAGUUAUGUUUAUGUACUACUACCAUAUAGCCAAAGAGUGAAAUCGAAGAAUAAGCUAAAAUUGCCCUCCAAAUUACAUGCUUUGUGAGCAUCUGUUAUGCCACAUUGAAUAGAUUGUUGUGCUGGUUUUAAAUGGAUGUAUUUGGAAUAUUUGUGAUUGUGCUGUAAAGGCAGCUAUCUUUAUAAAGAGCGUCAUAGCAACUGCUGGUGUUCAUUAAGUUACAGGAAUUUAUAAACCAAAAAUUGAAAAUAUUUAUAACCAGAACAGACUAGAUACUUUGUUUAAAUGAACUAUUGAAAAAAAGGUUGUUUUAGCUGCCUGGUGCUAUAUUGGAAGCUAUAACAAAGCCAUUAAGACUGCAUGGAACUGUUAGCAUGAAAUGGGGAUGACUGAUUUAUUUUAACUUAAUUAUUGAAGUCCGCUUUCAUAACAAUGUAUGGCACUGUAAAUAAGCAUGCAGCUCUGCCAAGCUAAAUAAUAAUUAAGAGACAAGUACAUAGAAAUAGGCAUCUGGUGCAUCUGUAAUUUUGUAAAGGAAGCUAACGUUGUCUUGUGGAGAACAAAUUGCAAACUAAUCUAGCAUUUAUCCAGGCAGUGUGCUGCUAACUAUCUCAAUGCGCUUGAUUGUAAACAGGAGAAGAAAGAAAUGAACCAGAUGAUACAGACAAAGCAAAAGAAACUCCAGGUCAUCCUUGAAGAUGAAACUCCACCUCCAUGGAGCCCACCUGGCAAAGUUGUUUCUUCAAGAAGCUACUGAGAUGCCCAGGGCCAUGAGGGAAAGUUCCAACCUUCUGCCAUUGUCUAAUCACCGUUAUUGCACAACAUCUGAUUUUAACAUGAAUUGAAAUUGGCUCUUUC